AUGCAACCCCCUCACCUCCUCCUCUUCCUCUUUCUCGCCCUCCUCCUCCCUGAGAUGUGGGCAGACCCAGAGGCAGAGCCGCAAGUUUUCCAGCUGCUCCAGACCAGCCUCUUCGCCAAUGUCAGCUCUGCCGAGGUGUCCGGGGUGGCUCUCCUGGGGGACGUGCCCAUAUUUGCGCUGAAUCCUGCCAACUGGAGCAUCCACUUCCACUGGUCCUGGGCCCGCCAGGCCACAGCUGAGGGUGAUGCAGAGAACAUCAAGUCCCACUCCAAAAUGGGUCUGCGCAAUAUGAUCCGAUACAUGCACGAAAUGGCCCAGCAGGUGCAACUGGACUAUCCAUUGGUGGUCCAGAUCCGUGUGGGCUGUGUGCUGCACCCCAAUAGGACAAGCUGGGGCUUCAUGGAUAUUGGGGUGGGUGGCAGAGACCUCGUUGCUUUUGAAGUGGAGAGGCAGCGCUGGGAGCCCCGACACCCAUCUCCGCUAGCAGAGCUGGUUCACAAGUCCCUCAGCAACCAGAAGGCCAUCACGGGGCUCCUGGAGCACAUCCUCUCUAUCUCCUGCCAGAGCUACAUCCUCAGCCUGUGUAGGUAUGGGAGGGCUGAUCUGGAGAGACAAGCCGACCCCGGCCGCGUGCGCCACCGCAGCCUGGGCACCCGCAGCCUCCUCAUCCCAUGGGAAAACCACCGUGCAGCUCCAACCGUCGGCAUCGCCAUCGGAGUGCUGCUCCUUGUGGCUGCAGCCUCUACUGGGGGGGUUUGGUGGUGGAAGCGCAGGUGA